ACCAUGUGGAGGAGGAACGCUCCAAACCCGGAAGCACGCUGUGAGUAGUAGUGACACAUUCAUCUCCCAGGAAGCAGCUAUUGUUCCUGCAUGGACCCUGCAUCCCUAGCGCUGCUGUCCGCCAAGCGUUAUCCGGGUUCUUAUUGUGUUCAUAAUCCCAUACCAAGAAACCAGAAGGAAGCAUAGACUAGCAGUUUAGUGUGUGUAAAUGGUACAGUACAUGCAGAAUGGAGCAGUACAACAUUGUGAGAGUCAUUGGAGAGGGAUCGUUUGGCAGAGCUCUUUUAGUCUGUCAUAAAAGCAGCAACCACAAAUAUGUCAUGAAAGAAAUAAGGCUUCCCAAGUCAUUUCAUGCAAUGGAAGAUUCCAGGAAAGAAGCAGUCCUAUUAGCCAACAUGAAGCACUCUAACAUUGUCACAUUCCAGGAAUCAUUUGAAGGAGAUGGACAUCUUUAUAUUGUGAUGGAAUAUUGCCAAGGAGGUGACCUAUUGCAGAAAAUCAAACUUCAAAAAGGAAGACUAUUUACUGAACAGACAAUUCUGCAGUGGUUUGUACAGAUUUGCCUGGCAGUGCAGUAUAUUCAUGAGAAGAGGGUUUUGCACAGAGACAUCAAGUCCAAGAAUAUAUUCCUUACUCAGAGCUGUAACAUAAAGCUGGGAGACUUUGGAUCUGCACGGAUUCUUACCAGUCCAGCGGCUUAUGCUUGCACAUAUGUUGGAACUCCUUAUUACGUGCCUCCAGAAAUAUGGGAGAACAUGCCUUACAACAACAAAAGUGACAUCUGGUCCUUGGGAUGUGUCUUAUACGAGCUAUGCACUCUGAAACAUCCAUUCCAGGCAGGCAGCUGGAAAAAUCUGAUUCUCAAGAUUUGCCAAGGAUCCUACAAACCUCUACCCUUGCAAUAUUCCUAUGAAUUGCGCAGUCUCAUCAACCAGAUGUUCCGGAAAAACCCCCGUAGCAGACCUUCUGCCUCCACAAUUCUUUCCAGAACAGCUCUGUCUAAGCUGAUCAGAACAGCCCCAUCUCCAAAGAUUUCUGUCGGCCAGUCUCCGGAAAACCAAGGUACUAGAAAUGUGGUUGCUACACAUGAGCCAUCUCCACAAGUAUUUGACUCCAGAUAUGAAGCAGAAACCAGCUCCCCAGGAUUACAAAGAAAGCAAUGGAAAAAGGAGAUGUCACACACUGUCCUAAAUAAUCUAGAAAAUGCCUCUAUCCUCACUACAAGUACAGCAGCUGGAAACUGUUCAGAAACUGACCCAAACUCCCAGGAGUUACAGAGAAAGCAGUGGAACAAGGAGCCCUCCGACACUUUGCUUAAUAAGUUGGAGAAUGCCUCUAUCCUUCCCUCGAGCAUAGCAGCUGGAAACAGCUCGGGUUGUAUUAGUAACUAUGAUGUGAAUGAUAAGAGAAAAAAAUGGAAAAAGGAAUUCCCAGAGACUCUAAUUAAUUUUUUGCAGAAUGCUGACUUGAGCUUGGCUUUUAAAACCUACACCAUAUACAAAGCAAAAGCUACCGAAGAUUGCCUCAGAGGACCCCUUGAUAGUGACUCCCAAGCCCCUGAUGUUACAGACAGCAUAGAAGCAGAGGUUGCUGUUGACACAGAGAGAUUUCAGUUGAGAUCUGAUGAUGAGGACACGGACUUUGAAGAAGAAGACACUGAUCCUGACUGGAUAUCGGAGCUGGAAAAACUGACCCACUCCCCAAAUUUCUAAAGAAAAUUAUAAACGAACUUUAUCAGUUCUUGAAAAUAACACCCUGGACCAGUUGGUAGAUAUCCUACAGGAAAUCUGUAUACAGUGUGUUGAGUUAAAGGUAUAGCAUUUCAAAAGGUUUGACCCUUAAAGUCAGGUAAUGGGGUGGAUUGUUGUUAGAAGAUACACCACAAACAUGAUUAAAACUGACAGAGGCCAUUGCAGGGUGUUUAUAACUCAUAAUUCUUAAGGUUGCCAUGUCUGAUUUCAUCAUCAUUUGCAUCAGUGAAAAGCACUCCGUACUUAUUUAUUGUUAGGGUUACAGAGAUUGCUGUACACCAUGGGGCCUAUUUACCAUACUGUAUAAAGCAAUUUUUUACCCAUUUAUUGUUUUUACCCAGCACAUUUUUACCCAUUAACUGUAUUUAAUCCCAUUAUUUGACACCUUUAUUUUUAUGGCAUAACCCAUUCAGUGGGUAGAAUACAUGUGUAAAUCGUUGUGUAAAAAUUGGGGUAAAAGUAGCAGUGGAUGAUUGCAGUUUUUAUACACAGCAUUUUUAUGUGGCUGCUUUAUAUGCCGCAGUUGUACACUGAAAAUGAAUGCACAGCUUGAUAAAUACACUAUUGAGAAUUGUGAGCUGUUAUUUUUAGUUGUAUUUAUUCACUGUAAACCUUUGGAUUUUUUCAUGAUGUAUGUUAUGUGCUGAUUUAUUAAAUGAUAUUUAAAAA